AUGCCUCGUGGACCCGAGAAGAAGGUUGCGGCGAAGAAGAAGUCUGUAGACAAGCGCUGUCCAAAAUGCAAGAAAGUCUUCGCGAUCUGCUAUUCAGUGAAGCGCACCUGA